AUGGAAAGCAUUUUUAAGUAUGCUAUAUUUCAUUAUAAUCGUUUGGAUAAAGACGCACAUAAUUUAUCAUAUAAAAUACGUCUACAAGAAGAAACAUUAGGUUUAACAGCUUCUGAGUCAAGUAUACAAGCUGUUCAUGAUGUUUGUUCACUUGUACAUCAACGUCGUGUACAAGGUAUCUUUGGUCCAUCUUAUCCUGAAUUUGCAACACUUGUUCAUUCAAUAUGUUAUCGUGUUAAUAUACCACUUAUAAAUGUUUGUUCAUCCUGUUAUAUGACUGAAAAUUUAGCUGGAGAUAUUGAUGAUGAUACUGACCAAAAAUCAAAACAUGAUCGUAUAUCAAUUAAUUUAUAUCCAUCCAUUCAAGAUCUUAAUAUAGCAUUUGAUAAUUUAAUACAUAAACUUCACUGGUCUAAAUUUCUUAUUAUCUAUGAUAUAGAUUCAGGUUUAAUACGUUUACAAAGAGUACUUAAUGAUCCUAAUUUCAAUCAAACUGAUAUUCUUAUACGACGUUUUAUCAAUUAUCAAGAUCGUAGUGCUCUUGUUGAUGCUAUUGGACGAGAUAUAUUUAAUAUAAUAUUAGAUUUAAAUGAUGUUAAUACAAAUACUAUAUUAAAAAUGGCUUUACAAAUGGGUAUGAUUAGUCCAAAUUAUCAUUAUGUAUUAACAACAUUAAAUAUUGAUACCUAUGAUUUAGAAGAUUUUAAAUAUAAUUUUGUAAAUUUAACAUCAUUUCGUUUAUUUGAUCGCUAUGAUACACGUGUACAAACAGCAAUGGAUUCAUUUUUAGCAUUUAAAACAAUGUCAAAUAAUGAUUUUAAUCAACGAUUAUUCACAACUUCAGUAGCAUUAUGGGUUGAUGCAGUACUUGCUUUUGCAUAUGCUUAUGAUCAAUUGAUAAAAUCUUAUUCAAAUGUUACUUCUGAACUAAUGCGACCAAAUAUUUCAUGUGUUCAUGGAACUGAUUGGCCAUUAGGUCUUGAACUUUAUUCAAAAUUUAAACAAAUAUCAUUUCAUGGUAUUACGGGAAAAGUACAAUUUACAUCUAAAGGUGAACGAACGGGAUUUGAACUUGAUAUUGUACAUUUAUCUGAAAAUGGUUUAUCAAAAAUUGGAACAUGGUCACGUGAACAAGGUGCAAACUUCACACUAACAUCGGUAUCACGUGGAAGUAUAUUUAACUCUACAUUGAUUGUUACGACUAUUAUUGAAGCUCCUUAUGUAAUGUUGAAGAAUAAUGAAAAUUCAAGUGGAAUAUUAAAUUUGACGUAUUCCAAUAGUGACUUUGAAGGUUUUUGUAUUGAUUUGCUUGAAGAAAUUGCACAUGAACUUAAAUUUUCUUAUAAAAUUAAACCAAUUACAACAGGACGUUAUGAUGAUAUGGUUGAAGAAGUUAAAAAUAAAAUAGCCGAUUUAGCGAUAGCACCAUUAACCAUUAAUUAUGCACGUGAAAAAAAAAUAGAUUUUACCAAACCAUUUCUUAGUUUGGGUAUAGCAAUACUUUUUAAAAUACCCAAACCUGAAAAACCAAGUUUAUUCAGUUUUCUUAGUCCAUUAUCACUUGAAAUAUGGAUAUAUACAUUUGCUGCUAUAUUUACCGUUAGUUUUAUUUUAUUAAUAAUUGCUCGAUGUUCACCUGAUGAAUGGCGUAAUCCUUAUCCAUGUGAUACUGAUUAUGAUUAUUUAGAAAAUCGUUUUACUGUUAGCAAUACACUUUGGUUUUCAAUUGGAACAUUAAUGCAACAAGGUUCUGAUGUGAGUCCUUCAGCUAUGUCAACACGUCUUAUUUCUGGUAUUUGGUGGUUUUUUACAUUAAUUCUUAUUUCAUCAUACACAGCUAAUUUAGCUGCUUUUUUAACUGUUGAAAAACCUGUUAAUUCAAUUGAAAGUGCUGAAGAUUUAAUUAAACAAACAAAUAUCAAAUAUGGUCUUCUUCGUGGCGGUUCAACAGAACAAUUCUUUCGAGAAUCAAAUAUUCCAACUUAUCAAGCUAUUUGGAGAUAUAUAAGUAGUAAUCCAGAUUUAAUUGCUCAAAGUAAUCAAGAAGGUGUAGAUCGUGUUAAAGGUGAAUCAUAUGCAUUUUUUAUGGAAUCAACAUCAAUUGAAUAUAUUGUACAACGUGCAUGUAAUUUAACACAAAUUGGUGGUUUACUUGAUAAUAAAGGUUAUGGUAUUGGUUUACCAGAAGGAAGUCCACAUCGAGAACGUGUUUCUGAAAUAAUUCUUGAUUUACAAGAAAAAGGAAUUAUUCAAAAAUCUUAUAAUAAAUGGUGGAAAGAAAAAGGUGCAUGUUCAUCAGACAAGAAAGAUUCAAAUCCUAAUCCAUUGGGUCUUACAAAUGUUGGUGGAAUUUUUGUUGUACUUCUUGGCGGUGUUAUUCUUUCAUUAUUUGUUGCUAUUUUGGAAUUUUUAUGGCAUGCAAGAAAAAAUCAUGCGAAUCGACGACAUUCUGUUUGGUGGGAAUUAAUCAAAGAAGUUCGCUUUUCAAUUGAAUGUGGUGCCUCAAAUCGUAAAGCACUUAGUACUCGUCGUUGUUCCCAAUGUACAAAUGAUCAUCAAGAUACAGAAUUAAAUUCCAUACCUUAUCAAUAUCGUCGUCGUUCAUCUAAUAGUCAUUCACCAUCAAUUGCAUCAAUUAAUUUUGGAACACCUUUAAAAUCACCAAAAAUUCGUACAAGCAUAGAAGGAACAUCUGAUUUAGAUAAAUUUGAUACAGCACUUAUGCUUGCUAGUGAACAAAAAGAUUAUUUGGAUACAUGUAAUAAACAACAAUAUUAUUCAUCUAGAUCGUUCAAAAGAAAAUCUAUUCCAUUAAUAAUUGUUGAACAACAAACAUCAAAUCAUGUGCAACAAGAGAUUCGACCUCAGCAUGUACGAUUUCUUACAAGUGCAAAUUCAUCUACAAGACAAAAUCUAAAGACUGAACAUGAAGCGGAUGAUACCGAUAAUUCUAAUGAUGUUAAUGUGCCAUUAAAUUCGACCUCAUCAAUGACUUCUCGUCUUCCUUUACGUAUAUCUCGAUUGUGA